AUGGGUACUAAUACGGAAAUGUGGACACACAUUGUAAGUUACUUUGACGGAAAGCAGAACGGCAAGACAAAGUUCAUCAAUACGAGCAUCACGUACGACAAGCUGCAGCGUGCAAGGUCCCAGUCUGGCUCAGAUAUUGAAGGACAUUCGGAUAACAUGUUCAACCUGUGGGAGCCCUUUGAGACCUUUGGUGCGUGCAGAUGCUGUGACCGCGUAUUAGGGCGGCACAACUAA